CCUCCAGUCAAAAUCAAGGGAAGUGAGAGACGAGGGUGAGUGUCCUAAGUUUCAUCGCGCAUAGAAUGGACCCCUAACAUCUUUCCUCCGUAUAGAAUCAAAACAAACGGCUCCAGCGGUCAUUCGCGCAGCCAUCCCACACCACCAUCUGCACAACGUCACCGCUUUGCCUUUUCCGCUUCGGUGUCUCAAAAAGCUUAGAUAGAUAAUGCCGGGACUGACAGCACCCUCCGAUUAUGCGCGGGAACCGCCGCGUCACCCUUGCCUCCGCAUCAACUCCAAGGAACCUUUCAAUGCGGAGCCACCGCGUUCGGGGUUGAUUUUGUCUUAUGUGACACCUGUGGAUUUGUUCUACAAGAGGAAUCAUGGGCCAAUUCCGCUAGUUGAGGACAUAGAAAGAUACUCUGUUUCAAUAUGCGGAUUAAUUGAUACUCCUAGAGAGCUGUUUAUGGGAGAUAUCAGAAUGCUUCCAAAAUAUACUGUCACUGCGACUUUACAGUGUGCUGGUAACAGAAGGACCGCAAUGAGCCAAGUUAAAAAAGUUAAAGGAGUUGGUUGGGAUGUUUCUGCUCUUGGAAAUGCUGUUUGGGGUGGUGCCAAAUUGGCUGAUGUUCUGGAACUUGUUGGAAUUCCUAAGUUGGCAAGUACUACUAAAUCUGGAGGAAAACAUGUUGAAUUUGUGAGCGUUGAUAAGUGCAAGGAGGAGAAUGGUGGUCCUUACAAGGCAUCAAUUCCACUAAGUCAAGCCACAAACCCCACAGCUGAAGUCUUACUUGCUUAUGAGAUGAAUGGAGAGGUUCUUAAUAGGGAUCAUGGUUAUCCCUUGCGAGUAGUUGUCCCAGGUGUUAUAGGUGCUCGUUCUGUCAAAUGGCUGGACUCCAUCAAUGUCAUUGCAAAUGAAUGUCAGGGCUUCUUUAUGCAAAGGGACUACAAAAUGUUUCCCCCGUCAGUCAACUGGGAUAAUAUCAAUUGGUCUACCAGUAGGCCACAAAUGGAUUUUCCUGUUCAGAGUGCAAUUUGCUCUCUAGAGGACGUGAAUGCUAUAAAGCCUGGAAAGGUAAAAAUCAGUGGAUACGCAGUAUCAGGAGGUGGACGUGGAAUUGAAAGAGUUGAUAUAUCUAUCGAUGGUGGCAAAAGCUGGUUACAAGCCUCUCGAUACCAGAAGGCUGGCAUCCCCUAUGUUUCAGAUGAUCUGAACAGUGACAAAUGGGCAUGGGUGCUCUUUGAGGUUGUGGUUGAUAUUUCCAGCAGCACUACGAUUGUUGCCAAAGCAGUGGAUUUGGCAGCAAAUGUACAACCUGAGAAAGUGGAAGACAUUUGGAACUUGAGAGGGAUUCUUAACACUUCAUGGCAUCAAGUUCAAGUUCGAGUUGGUCAUUCAAAUAUGUGAACCUAUAAUAAUCGGAGAAGCAUCUGAAUAACUCUAUUUGUCAUCCUGUGUGGUAUGUGAUUGUCAUUUCUUUACCUCGAACUUUGAAUGAAAAGUAAUGUUACUCGGCUUCAGUUUCUUGCUGAUGAUUUUAUCACGCUAUUAAUGCGCCUGCAUUGCCAAACAUAUUCUAUCA